UAACUAUUAGCUAGCCAUUAUAUGGCUAUAUAAGCCAACAUCUUCCCCUGUGUCCCUUCUAAAGAAGAGUAGCAAAACAUGAAUGUAUUAGUAGUACUCAUCUUCUUUAUCUCCUCAUUCUUCCAUGUAAAUGCCUUAACUUCAUCUGUGAAAAAUGGCAGAGAAGCCUUACAAGUCAUAAUUGGUGGUGGAGGAGAUGUUGCUCCUGCUUAUCCUCCACAAGAAACACUUUGUCCCCCUCCCCCUCCUCCUGAGCCACUUUGUCCCACUCCAAUACCACCACCACCCCCCAAACCAAAUCCUCCCAAACCACCCCCACCCCCCAAAAAACCAAAUCCUCCCAAACCCACCCCCAAUGAUCUACUAACAUCAGCCAUAAGUGUCAUUCAAAGAUUUAAGAAGACAAUAACUAGUGACCCCUCUGGCAUUACAAAAACAUGGGUAGGCAAAGAUAUUUGCAAAGACUCAACCAAGUAUGUAGGUUUCAUUUGCAACAAGAACAAAGUUGUUGCUGUCAAUUUCAAUGGUAGAAACUUCAAGGGAAAUCCUCUGUCUCUCAAAGAUUUCAUUAAUGGAAUCCCAACUCUCGAAAUCUUCCAUUCCAACUCCAACAACUUCACUGGAGAAAUACCCAAUAAUAUAUCGACCCAGAGUAUUCCUAAUCUUUUCGAACUUGAUUUGAGCAACAACAAAUAUGUUGGUUUAUUUCCAAGAGCUGUUCUUGGUGCCACCAGGUUAACUUAUUUGGAUCUCAGAUUCAACCAAAUCGAAGGUCCAGUCGACCCUCAAGUAUUCACACUCGACCUUGAUAUUCUUUUUCUCAACAACAAUCAAUUUUCCGGGAAAAUCCCAGAAAAUUUUGGCCGUACUGCUGCCCUGUAUCUUACAUUAGCCAACAAUAAAUUCAUUGGUGAAAUCCCCAAAAGCAUUGGGUAUGCGAAGGGAAAUCUCCUUGAGGUUCUCUUCUUCAAUAAUCAACUUACGGGUUGCUUGCCUUAUGAGAUAGGGAUGUUGAAACUGGCCUCUGUAUUUGAUGCUAGUAAGAACAAAUUAACAGGUCCUAUCCCGCAAUCUUUCGGUUGCCUUGUGCAAAUGGAAGUGAUGGAUCUGUCUUACAAUCAAUUAUACGGCGAAGUGCCGGAGACAUUGUGCAAGAUCAGUAGCUUGGAGGAACUCACCUUGAAAUACAACUAUUUCACACAGAUUGGACCGGAAUGUCGCAAGUUAGUUGAGGAGAAUGUACUUAAUAUUGGCAUGAAUUGCAUUAUUGAUCUUGAGAACCAGAGAAAACCAGAGGAAUGCGAAGCAUUCUUUUUGCAAAAGAGAAAUUGCCGGGACAUGAAAUCACUGAGCUAUAUACCUUGUAAGCUUCAUGAAUUCUCCUCUAGGAAUAGUUCUGCACGUAGAGCUCAUACAGGCGAUGCAAAAGCUCGUUCGACUACUUAUGCUGCCGUCAAAAAACCUCACCUCUGAUUUAUCAACCAUUUGUAAUUCUGUAUUAUAAAAUGUAUGUUCGAUUGGGACAACAAGUAGCCCAAUUUUGCAACAUUGUUAGACUUGUAUGUACUUGUUUUAUGUAUUGAAUUUGUAAGUAAUGAGUAUAAUUAAGCUUCA